UGCUAACGGUAAUAACUCUUAGAUUGGCUCUUUUCCCCUGGCAUCGCCGCCCGCCCAGAUCCUGGGGCGUAGUUUGGAGCGAGGAGGACCGCAGCGGCGUAGAGACGCCGCGUCGCCCCUGAGAAAGGGACGUUCUCCGGCCGCAUCGGCACCUGUGACUGGAUGGCCCCUCCCUCUCUCCCUCCGGCUGCGGGGCGCCUCGAGAAAGGGGCGGAGCUCGUCCCGUGAACUAGAGCUGCUGCUGCCUCACGUUCCAGUCCCUUUUCUUGCUCUCUUUCAUUCUUUCAAAAUAUGCAUUAACAUUUGUCGCGUGCGGGUUAUCAUCCAAACCGUGAGGACAAAAAGUGAGACACAACAGGCCUGCCUACCAUUCCUGUGAUGGAACUCACAGACGGGUGGGGUUAAAAAAACAAUCAAAAAAUCCCUGCUAUAAAAUUCUGUUAUGAGUUGCUAAAAUCAUGGUGAAAUGUUGCUCAGCCAUUGGAUGUGCUUCUCGCUGUUUGCCAAAUUCCAAGUUAAAAGGACUGACAUUUCAUGUAUUCCCCACAGAUGAAAAUGUCAAAAGAAAAUGGGUUUUAGCAAUGAAAAGACUUGAUGUGAAUGCUGCAGGCAUUUGGGAGCCUAAAAAAGGAGAUGUAUUGUGUUCAAGGCACUUUAAGAAGACAGAUUUUGACAGAAGUGCUCCAAAUAUUAAACUAAAACCUGGAGUCAUCCCUUCUAUCUUUGAUUCCCCAUAUCAUUUACAGGAGAAAAAAGAAAAGCUUCAUUGUAGAAAAAACUUCACCCUCAGAACACUUCCAGUCACAAACCACAGUCACCAGCUUGUUGGUUCUUCCUCAUGUAUUGAAGAAUUCCAAUCCCAGUUCAUUUUUGAACAUAGCUACAGUGUAAUGGACAGUCCAAAGAAACUUAAGCUUAAAUUAGAUCAUGUGAUCAGCGAGCUAGAGGAUACCAAGGAAAGUCUACGGAAUGUUUUAGACCGAGAAAAACAUUUCCAAAAAUCAUUGAGGAAGACAAUCAGGGAAUUACAGGAUGAAUGUCUGAUCAGCCAAGAAACAGCAAAUAGACUGGAUGCUUUCUGUUGGGAGUGUUGUCAGGAAAGCAUAGAAUGAGACUAUUUCAUGAAGUAAUUUCAUGUUCUACCUAAAAUUGACAUUGAUACAACUUUUUAGAAAACAAUUCUCAUGUACCAUCACUAAAUAAUAUUCAUCACUGACGGUACUUUGGAUUCUCUGGAGCAUUAUGCAUUGUAGUUGUUUUCCAAAGACUCUUUUGAAGAUGUGCAGAAAUAUUAUAGUUAUCAUGUUUUUGUGUGACUUCUGACAAUUAUGUUUUUACAGACUUAAACUAGUGCCAAGUCACUGUAGUAAGAUGUUAAAAACUCAAGAAAAUUCCACCUUAGUAAGAAAAUGACAUCAAAUUAGCUACGUUAAGAUAAAAUGCAAGAACUGGACACUUACUCAGUGGCAUCAGAUUUUUAGCUUCAGAUGAAUACCUUGAGUAUACCUUAUGAUAAAUACAUUGAAAUUUUAAAAGUAUUGUACUAUAAAGCAGAAUUCAUUUAUAUAACACACAUCUACCUUGGAUCCAAUCCAAGUUAUUCUAGUUACUACUAAUACUAAAGGAUCUUAUAAGUCUCUUUUUUACUGCCCAUAACCCUGACCCUGAGAAUAACACCUAGUAAAGAUUUGCUAGCUAUUAAAAUUAUUAAGAGUCAAUUUAAGAAGACCAUUUACAAGGUCUCAGUUUUUCAGUACAGUGUAUCAUUCCUUCUGUUGAGGGACACGUUGAUGUAAACCAAAAUAGUUUUUAAAACAAAAAAAAGGGUCAUAAAUGUGAUCUUUAAACGGUUAGCUGCAUUAACAGCUCUCAACAUUUUGCUUCAUGACUUAUUUCAUAAAAGUAUCUUCAUAGUCUGAAUUCCAGACUUGGCUGAAUUCUUACAGUGUUGCUUUGUAUUUUAUAGAAGAUAAUAUUUCUGAAAUUUUAAAAUCUACAAAAUGUAGAAUACAGCAUUAAAAAUAAUAAAUGAGUCUUUCAGUGGAAAUAGGAAUUAGAAGAGUAGAUUUUUGU